AUGUGGACACGUCUCAUGCCUGUUAUAUCAGCUUCUGGGUGUCCUGUUGGGCUACUGAUAGACUUUGGCGAGAAGUCAGCAGCUAAAGAUAGGAAUGUUCAAAUAAGUCUCACAAAGGCACCUUCUGUUAGCUCCCUGGACUUCUCUGAUGACUCCUUUCAUCUCAUUAAUGAUGAUUAUGCUUUGCAGGAUGAGGACUUUUUGAAGACUAUUGAACCUGCAAAAACUGGAAUAAUUCCUGGUUUAGAGGAAUUUGCUGGAGAACCCAACUUGGAUGAAAUUCUCAGUGGAGCUAAGUCAGUCCUCAAUGAGCUUCAGUUAAAUGUCCAAGAGCAGGAAAAAGAAAAUGGGAUUUCUGAAGAGAAUGGUGAUCCAUGGCAAGAUGAACUCCUGCCAGUUCUUCAACAAAAAAAUAGAUUCAUUGCCUUUGAAACACCACUUCUGAGCAAUCAAAAAGAGCCUGAAAAGAAAAACUCAAUUGAAGAAGUGGUGAGAAGAUACUCGAAACUCCGUGCAUCACUGACGUUGUGUAGCUCAGUGACCCCUUCAAGAUCUGUGAUGAAGGAGAAGGAACAAGAUCAAGGAAGCUAUCCUAGCAAGGAACCUGGCACAUUGAAGAGCUUUAAAGGAUCACCAAAACUAGUAAACUCCAGCAAGAAUUAUAAAAAUAUCCCCCCUCUGCAAAAGGUAGAGAAACCUGCCUUCUCCCGAAGUGCUUCAUUGCGAAUCAGAGGGAGUAAUCCCAAGAGAAAUGUGACCCCAGUCACACAGGCAGCUGCAAGCCUUGGAGUUUCACCAAAGGUUUUGCGCAAACAAACUCCAACUAUGAAUGACAUACGACCCCAGCCUACCCAACAUCGAAGUCUCCCCCAGGAAAGGAAGGUCCCAGCAGUGAAAGUCAUCCCUGGAGGAAACAUAAAAACCAACAAGAGUGGAGGAGCCCCACUGAAAGCCAUACUUCCGCUAGCAAAAAUGAUCAAGGAUGGGUCAAAAUCUCAAUCCAGCAGCACAGAGGAGAUUGCCUCUCUCAAGCCAGAACUGAAGCCACAACAUAAAGUAUCCCGUAGAGCUACACAGGAGAGCAUCAAGCCUCGGUCUUCUCUUACAAAGGAGAGCAACAAACAUGAAUCUUCCAUCUCAAAAGCACCUGUUAAUAUAUCUUCAAAACUUAAGAGUCUGAAAGAAAACCUCAUCUUAGCAUCUGCAAAAGUGUCACCUACACCAAUCUCCUCUGUGUCCAGAGAAUUUGGCACUCCUGAGGUUUUGAAGGAUAAGGCAAAUAUUGUGGGUACACUUGCAUCUUCCAACCAUGCUUAUCUACCUAGUCACAUCCAUAAAAAGCCAGACCUGGUGGAAAAGGAGAAGGGAUUAGUGAGAAUAACACCAUCUAAAUUGCCAAGGCCCUACUCUUGUCCUGCCUCUCCUGCUAUGAAGCCUCGUCUCUUGACUGCUCUGAUGAACAAGGAGAACAUGCUCUGAAACAAUACAAAUCAUCCUACAUAUAUACGAUAGUCAACUUGCUGUAUUUUUGUUGUUGUUCCAUUACACAUUGAACACACC